AUGCUCCUUUGGCUAGGACUACGGAUUCUUCAACAGAAUCACCAGAAACUGAAUCCGAUUUGCCAAUUUGAGGCCUUCGAACGCCAACCAGGGAUGAUCUCCGUGCUCGCUGGGAAACCCAAUGCAUCCGUCUUCCCCUUAACAUCCUUCCAAUUCUCGGCCAAGUCGCCGUUCGACCAAGACAAAGAGGAUGCAUUCAGGGUGAUUGGCGAAAAACUAACGCAGGCUCUGCAAUAUGGACCAACACAUGGGAUUCUGUCUUUGAUUGAAUGGAUGGACGGAAGCUUCAUGAAGGAUGGAGACUUACGGUUGGGAGUGGGGCGCAGGACCUUUUAUCUGAAAGCAAGCAGUGCGGUCAUCCAGCCUGGAGAUUAUGCCUUGAUCGAGCCGCCAGCGUACGCAUUGAAAGCAAACAUCAUACACACAGAUAAUGAUGGAACAAAAUCAACAAAUCUACGUGAAAUCCUGGAGAACUGGCCGGAAUCCAGGCCGUUUCCUAAGAUUCUGUAUACAGUUCCGUACAGAGGUAAUCCGUUUGGAGCGACAACAUCAGAGGAACGUCGACGGGAUAUCCUCGCCUUGGCAAGAAAAUACAACUUCCUGAUCUUCGAAGAUGACCCUUACUUCUACUAUUAUUACGGAGACUCACUGUGUCUGGCAUUGUAUUUCGCACUGGAGCACGAGCUACCAGAGGUGGGGAGCGUUGCUCGGUUCGAUAGUCUGUCAGAGAUUAUCUCGGGUGGUUUUCGAAUUGGGUUUGCUUGUGGACCUGAGGUCAAUAUUGAUGUUGUGAAUGUUCACACCUCAAUAUCGAAUUUACAAGCUUCGACAUUUACCCAAGUUAUUGCUGAUACAUUCCUGUGCUCUUGGGGACAUGAAGGAUUCAAGAAGCAUGCAGAGCACGUUGCAGAGUUCUACAGGAGGAUUAAGCUUUUGUUAGAUAACCCGUCUACUUCUCACACCCUCCGAGGGGCACAUGACAAUCCAGAGGGGAAUUCUGACUGCAUACUCUCAUAUGCCAUUACAGAGGGUGUACUCCCCUUACCUGGAAUUUCGUUCAUGCCAGAUGUGAAAGAGACGCCGUAUGUGCGCGUGCCGUUUAGCCAGAUUGAAGAAGAUAAGAUCAAAGAGGCUGUUGUACGGUUGGCAAAAGCAGGGGAGAGUAAUGCACUUGUAUUAGACUUCACAAUCGAGAGUAUAGAGGUGGAAAUACUUAUGUUACUGAUAGGAUAA